AAGGGGUACACUACACAAUGGAAGUGUAAGGUAUUUGACAUUCUUGGUCGUGGAGUAAUAAUAGUUUAUUUAUUUUUUGUUUCUGUUGUUGAAAAAUCUAAGACCGACCAGUUAAACAACAGUAGUGGAGUCUGUCUUUCUCUCACUCUCACUCGUCGACUCUGAAAAUCAAGAUGAGCGCCACAGCAUUCCGUUCUAUUUUCUUUAACAGACCUCGCUCUUCCAACAAGGAUUUGAUAAAGCCACAGAAUGUCAAGUUGUCGCCUAUUAAGUGUUCGAUCAAAAGUUCACAAAACAAUGUUCGUGUUGGUGUUCUUGGAGCAAGUGGCUAUACUGGUUCUGAGAUUCUUCGGCUCUUGGCAAAUCAUCCACAAUUUGGGGUUGCAUUGAUGACCGCUGAUAGGAAAGCUGGACAGGCAAUCUCAUCUGUAUUCCCUCAUUUGGGCACACAAGACUUGCCAGAUUUGAUUGCAAUAAAGGAUGCAAAUUUUUCUGAUGUGGAUGCUGUAUUCUGUUGUUUACCACAUGGAACUACGCAGGAAAUAAUUAAAGGCCUUCCGAAGCACUUGAAGAUUGUUGAUCUUUCAGCAGAUUUUCGUCUAAGAGAUGUUUCUGAGUAUGAAGAGUGGUAUGGUCAGCCACACAGGGCACCAGAUUUGCAGAAAGAAGCUAUAUAUGGAUUAACAGAGGUUUUAAGGGAGGAAAUAAAGAAUGCGCGCCUAGUUGCUAAUCCUGGUUGCUAUCCAACUUCCAUUCAACUUCCUCUUGUUCCACUAAUAAAGGCUAAUCUUAUUCAGACUACUAAUAUUAUUGUUGAUGCUAAAUCUGGUGUUAGUGGAGCAGGGAGAAGUGCGAAAGAAAAUUUAUUGUUCACUGAAGUAACCGAGGGUAUGAGUUCUUAUGGUGUUACUCGGCAUCGCCAUGCUCCAGAAAUUGAGCAGGGACUCGCUGAUGCUGCAGGUUCAAAAGUAACCAUUAGUUUUACUCCACACCUGAUUCCAAUGAGCCGUGGUAUGCAAUCAACUAUUUAUGUGGAAAUGGCUCCAGGAGUAAGAAUUGAUGACUUGCGCCAUCAACUGCAACUAUCAUACGAGGAUGAAGAAUUUGUUGUACUGUUGGAAAAUGGAGUCAUUCCUCGAACUCAUAGUGUUAAAGGAUCAAAUUACUGUUUAUUCAAUGUUUUUCCUGACCGAAUUCCUGGAAGAGCGAUCAUUAUAUCUGUGAUUGAUAAUUUAGUGAAGGGAGCUUCAGGUCAAGCCUUACAAAACCUUAAUUUGAUAAUGGGAUUUCCAGAAAAUUUGGGCCUUCAAUACCUGCCUCUGUUUCCGUAGGGUUAGAUGUAGUCAUCUUGUUCAACAAGAAUGAGCCAGAGAUGUUUCUUUUUAACCUAUUUUUCGACGGCAUCCAUUCUUGCGUGUAAACUUAUUACAGUUGUUUUCUCUGUUUGUUCUAUUGGCAUUUGGCUUAUGCGGCGGAUGCUGCUACAAAAUCAAUGUCUAGGCUAGAGCUCCAAUGUCGUUGUAACCUUCCUUAAUAAUGGAUGUUCUAGUCGAAAUGUUUAGAAUCAUGGAUUUUCAUUAACAAGGUUGCUGCCAUAUAUCAUGGGAUUCUUGGACUUACGGGAACUCACGCACCAGUUUGAUGAUUUUGAAAGUAGUUUUGUAAUGACACAUUUUGAACCAUAAGGCUGAUAAAUUUGUUGGAGUAGCUAGGAGAUUAGGUUCUAAAAUUUGGUUGAGGAAUUCCCUUCAUUUUUCUGCUCCAUCUAAUAAUGUGUGUGUUUGCUCAA